AUGAAUUUCGCAGCACAGAUCUUUGCUAACUUUGUGAACGACGGUUUGCAGGCACAGGAGACACGGAGAAGCUUUAAUGACAGUGAGGAAUAUGAUCCCUUCUGGCAGAGGUGGGAAACCAUAGCGUGUACAUCUGAAACCCUUAGAGAGUCAUCCCAGUGUCCUCCUGAGAGACGUGAUGUGAAUGGUGUGGAGUUCCACCGGCAUGUAGCGGUUCCUCUGUGUUCUCCUUCCCAUCCUGUGCAUCCUCCAUCCACUGAUUCACACUCACCUUCCCGUAAAACCCUAGAGACGCCCAAACCUGGACCAGAACUCACACGGAGACACCAGGCUUCAUCCCCAUCACACAUGGACAAACCUUCAGCAGAUCCCGCUCCUAGAAAACCUAGCAGGUCUCAAGCUGGAGCUGCAAAGAGGGUUGAUGCUCUUCAACCCGCUUCUAAAGCUCCCGGUCCUUCUCCUGUAGAACCAGCAGAACCUUCCUCAUCCAUAGCUCUCCUUCCGUUCCCGCAGCUCACAGAGAACGCCACUCUCCUGUCGCUCUUCCAAGCUUUAGUCUACAUCCUCCUCAGACUCUUCCUCACCUUCAUCCUCCUCUUCCUGCCACGCGGCCCGUGUGUUAAAGACACCCACAUCGGGAACGGACGCCCGGGCCGCCGCUCCACACUCAUCUGCCCGGAACGCCUGAAGGACUUCGGAGCCGAGGAGUACCUCAAUGGAGACGUGAAGGUCUUUGAGACCAGUGUUUCAGAACCGCCGGAGGUCCAGUUAAUGUCCACACCUAAACCAGCUGUGAAGAAGAGCAGCGCGAGCAAGACUACAGCCAAAGAUCCUCCUGAACAUCUGCGCUUCGAGGACAUCAGCGCCGCUGCCUUCAGACUACAGCAGGCCGGGAUUCAGAAAACACCCUGCACGUACUCCAGACUGUCCAAACACUACGGCAUGGAGAUCUUCCUGAAGAAGGAGCUUCUGCACUACACGGGUUCAGCGAAGGAGAGAGGAGCGCUGUACCUGCUGUCCUCCCUCAAACAGGAUCAGCAGAGGAAGGGUGUGAUCGUGGCCACUGACUCCAGCUUCUCGAGGGCUGUGGCGUUUCACGCGGUGGAGCUGAGGAUCCCGGUGUUCGUCAUCAUGCCGGCGUGCAGCUCUCCUCCUCGUCUGCGCAUGUACAGAGACUACGGUGCUAUGGUUAUUUCCUACGGCAGCACGGCCCGAGACUCCAUCAACCACGCCAGACACCUGGCCAAAGAGAACGGAUACCUGUGUCUGGAGGAGGACGACAGCGCUGUGUAUCUGGCAGGUCUGGGAUCAGUGGGUCUGGAGAUCUACGAGCAGGUGCCCAAGCUGGACGCGGUCAUCGUUCCUGCAGGUGGACACUGUGAGCUCCUGGUGGGGACCGCAGCUGCCAUCAAACACCUGAACCCUCGCAUCUCUGUCAUAGGUGUAGAACCGGAGGAGUUUCCUCUUCUGCUGCAGUCGCUCAAAACAGACGCUCCCAUUAAAGACCUCUACUGCAACCCCAACAAGAAACUCUACAGAGAUCUGCUGGAUCACUCUCUGAGCACACACUGCUUCCAGCUGGCCAAGAAAACUGUGGACAAGGUCAUCUCUGUCAGGGAGGCGGACGCUCUGGUGGCCAUGCUGCGCUUCCAGGAGUACGAGCGCUCGACCGUGGACACAGAAGGAGCUCUGGGUUUGGCCGCAAUCUUAGCUGGUCAACUGCCAGAGCUGAAAGGGAAAAGGGUGGCUGUGGUGGUCAGCAGUGCUAACAUGGAGCUGGACCUGGUCCUGCAGUGUGUGGAGCGAGCUCUGGUUCUGGACGACAGAGUCAGUCGCUUCACCGUGCAGCUGACCGACCGGCCCGGAGACAUGGCCAAACUCCUGGACCUGCUGGCCCGAGAGGACGUCAGGUUGCUGGAUGUUUGUCACAGACGCUACAGUGAUAAAGCAGAGCUCUUCAAAACACAGGUGGAGUGUGUCGUACAAAUGAGGGAUAAAAGUCAGAACUCACAGCUGCGACGGACGCUCUCAGACCGAUACCCUUCACUGCACUGGCUGGAGCGGUGAUCACACACAUACACACACUCUGACUCACACACACACACACACACACACACACACACACACCGAUUCUCACACACACACACACACACCGAUUCACACACACACACUGACUCUCACUCAC